AUGAUUCUGUGGUGGGUAGCUGCACUUCUUCCUUCAGUAACCUCAAUCAAUGCUGACUUGAAAAAACAAUAUGAAGACUAUCGUGAGUGUAUAAAGCGGAGGGAGAGCGUCUUAUCUGACAGUAACUAUGUUCAGGUUAUUACGGUUGGAAAAGGAGCAGACGUAACUAUGCCAUGCUUUUCGUGUGUAUCACCCGAAAAUGCGGUUGAGAUAGAGUCCACCUACAAGCCGUCAGCAGGAACGAUAGGAAGAGUAUUUCUGAAGGCUAUUGAUUUUUUCAAAGAGAGACUCCUUCAUGCUUCACAUCGUGUAGUAGACUUAAAUAUGUGGAAAUACGAUUGGCAACGUGCUGUCAUGGGUCAGGAUUGGCGUCCACUUACAAAAAUGCAUGAGACUGGAAUGAGAAUGGAAAAAAUCGCUGAUAAAGUGAAACGAUUCCUUGCUCGUGAUCGCGCAAAAAUCCGCGUUGGUGAUCGAUAUGAACUGAGGUUAACGUCGGUUGACCGCAAUGCUACUGGAUACUAUCGUUGUUUGAAUAAACAUGGGAAACAUCGAGUUGUUUCGACAAUGUAUUAUUUGGAUGUUAUAAGCAGAGUGAAAAUUGAAAUGGUGAAAUCCAAACUUGACGUUAUUCCACUCUCAAUACCCGUAUGGAAUAAGAAACUCAGUGGAAAUUUGAUAGCAAAGUCAGUGGCUUCACCUUGGAGCGAAUGUAGCAAAUGUGGCAUUGAAAUCGGAGAACAAGCGAGAAGUGUUCAAUGUAUGAUCGAAUCACUUGUGCCUCUUUCGCAUCUUCCGGCAGAAUCAUCGUGGAUACAAUUGUUUGGCACUGUGCCAUGUUACUCCACGCUAGUACCAUUGGAUUUACGCUAUCAAUUUUCUUCAAUCACCAACUACAUACAGUAUAGACCAUGCUGGCGUCAAUGCACCACACAAACAGCACAAGACCGCAAUUUAACUUCAGUCGAUGAAUUAGGAGAGCGGAGAGUCCUCGAUUACAUCCCGAAAGGAGAAUUUCUUUUUGGAGAAAUCCUUCCACGUCUAAUGGCACCAGUAGUCCGAAGAGGUUACUUGGUUACGGAAGGGGACCCCAUAGUGUUCACUUGCGAAAUGCCUGUUGAUGAACCGAUCGGAAUCCAAUGGUUUUCCAAGAAAAAAGGUGCAAUUCAAUACAAAACUAUUACCAAACAGUUUCAGGGUCGGUUCUCGUUUGAUGAAAUGUCUCGUCUCUAUAUAUCGAAAAUUGAACUCGAAGAUAGUGAUGAAUAUUUCUGCUACACUGCUGAAAAAGUGCUGAUGGGUGCGCAUGUUCUACGAGUCUUGGAAAACGAUCGAACGAAAGAAAUUGUGGCGAAUCUUGAAAUGUUCUUCCGAUUUGCUGCAUUCACAUUUAUAUUUGUUUUAAUUGUAGGACAAGUGAUGAAAUAA